UGUUAAAUACAUCAUCCACAAAUCGUUUCGCCACUCUUUGAUUCCAUUAUGAUUAUCCUGAAUUAACGAGAAGUAUGAUCAUCAAUACGAAGCUUACAUAUCUAGAAUUGAUGUUUUACGGAACACUUGAUAAUAUAUCGGUUUAUUCUCUAAUUCCUGUCCUUCGUGUAUGUAGUACAUUGGGACAAUUCAAUGUUAUAAUCAAAAGUCAUACGAUGUCACAGGAUAAUAAUGUCAAAUAAGGCUAUUUAAAUGAAUAACAUCAUAAAUUAUUUUCUUAUAUAAUUGAUUUGAGAACAAAUAAAAUCAAUCACUUUAUUAAAGAAUGAAAUAUAAAACAAUGUGUUUAUUUUUUUUCUUCAGUAUUCCAAAUCUUCUAUCUAUAAAUGAAGAUGAUUUACCCACAAUAUCAUCAUUAAAAAUACUUGAUCUGCAAAUAUUGACACAAUUUGAUAUUCAUUCACUUGAUCAUAUUCUUAAUUGUAUGCCUAAUCUUCAAGACUUUAGUUUUACAUUUAUCAUUGGACAUCUUGAUACACUAUUUAUUGAUGACUUGCUCGAUGGAAAUAACUGA